AUGAACUGGAGCCUCAAUGGGACCAGAGCAGCAUCCAUGCACUUUUUGAAUGUCCUUGAUGUCAAGGCCUGGCCAAAGAGAAGAACCUUGUACUGUAAGUACGUAACAGAAGAAGGGCAGCGUGUUGUUGGUGGUGUGCUGAUUGGGACCGGAUUGUGGAUUGCUGUGACUUUCGUAAUGAGAAAUGUCCUCAAGUACUUGCUGUCCUGGCACGGCUGGAUGUUCAAUCGCCAUGGCCAAACAAACCUCACAGCCUCAAGCCCGGCGAGCAUGCCACUGUCUACUGCGCUGCCCAUGAUGGCGGUAGCCAUCCUGAGAGUUUGGGCUGCACACUGCACUUCUGAGGCCUCUCUUGUCCACGAGUCUGCCCCAGAGGCCUCUCUUGUCCAUAAGUCUGCCUUAGAGGUGGUGGGGUCCUCUGCUGAACCUCCAGAGGCCGUUCAUGAACUCACAGACUGCCCUGUCACGUCCAAGAAGGCUGUCCAUGAAAUCUUUGCCUGUCCUGUCACUGCCAAGUGGGCUAUCCAUGAACUCUCUGCUUGUCCUGUUAUGACCAUUGAGGCCAUUCAAGGAUAUUCUGCCUUUCAUGUUGUGGCUAUGGAGGCUGCUGCCUGCUCUGCCUGCUCCACCAUGGCUCCAUGCUCCUCUGGACCACCUCAGACCUGGUGGUCUCCUGGUCUACUGCUCUAUGGUCUGCCACUGCUCCAUGGCCCUGGCCCUCCACUGUUUUACGGUCUGUCACUGCUCCAUGGCCCUGGCCCUCCACUGUUCCACAGUCUGCCACUGUUCCAUGGCCCAGGUCCUCCACUGGUCCACAGUCUGCCACUACUCCACGGCCCUGGUCCUCCAUUGUUCCACAGUCUGCCACUGCUUCAUGGCCCAGGUUCACCAUGGCUCCACUGCCCAGUUAUAGCCCUCAUGUUGCCAUUGUCUCUGGUCGAGUAUGAUCCGUGUAACCUGCUGUUGGUCAGCGACUGGUGGGAGGAGUAUAUUUACCUCAGAGGUCGAGGACCAAUCAUGGUCAACAGCAACUACUAUGCAAUGGACUUCCUCUAUGUGAUCCCCACUACACGUCAAGCUGCCCGUGCUGGUAAUUCCAUCCACGCCAUCAUGAUGUACAGAAGAAAACUGGACAGAGCGCAGAUCAAACCACUCAUGGUGUUAAACACAAUCCCCAUGUGCUCAUCUCAGUACGAGCGUAUGUUCAACACCAGUCGAGUUCCCGGUGUAGAAACAGACGUCCUUCAGCACAUGAAUGAGAGCAAACACAUUGCCGUGUAUUACAAGGGACACUUUUACAAAGUGUGGAUGUUUUAUGAUGGACGGCUGCUGUUGCCUCGAGAAAUUGAGCAGCAGAUCGAAAGGAUCUUGGCCGACAAGUCUGAACCUCAGCCAGGAGAGGAGCUGCUGGCCGCGUUAACAGCGGGUGACAGAGUUCCCUGGGCCAAAGCCCGCUCACAGUUCUUCAGUCGAGGGAAGAACAAGCAGUCUCUGGAUGCCGUGGAGAAGGCGGCUUUCUUUGUUUCUCUGGAUGACACCGAACAGCGUUACGAUCCAGAGAAUCCAGUGCAGUCGCUGGACAGCUAUGGCAAAUCUCUGCUCCACGGAAAAUGCCAUGACAGGUGGUUUGACAAGUCUUUCAAUCUGAUUGUGUUCAAGAACGGCACUAUGGGAUUGAAUGCAGAGCACUCCUGGGCCGAUGCGCCCGUCGUUGGCCAUUUGUGGGAGCAUGUCUUGUCAUCAGAUCCAGUGAGACUGGGCUAUACUGAGGACGGACACUGCAAAGGAAACCCCCAUCCCAACCUGCCGGGACCCCAGAGACUGCAGUGGGACAUCCCAGAAGAGUGCCAGGCAGUGAUCAGCAGCUCUCUGAAAGUGGCCAAAGCUCUGGCGGACGACGUGGACAUGCACAUCAUCCCCUUUAACAACUUUGGCAAAGGCCUGAUCAAGAAAUGCAAGACGAGUCCCGACGGCUUCAUUCAGAUCGCCCUCCAGCUGGCGCACUUCAGGGAUAAAGGCAAGUUCUGCCUGACGUACGAAGCCUCCAUGACGCGUCUGUUCAGAGAGGGCCGCACUGAGACCGUGCGCACCUGCACCACUCAAACCUGUGAUUUUGUCCGUGCCAUGAUGAAUGACAAAGCAACGAGAGAAGAGAAGUUGAAGCUGUUGAAGGUGGCGGCAGAAAAGCACCAGGAUUUAUACAGACUGGCCAUGACGGGAGAUGGCAUCGACCGCCAUCUUUUCUGCCUCUACCUGGUGUCAAAGUACCUCGGGGAAGAUUCGGCUUUUCUCAAAGAGGUGUUGUCCGAGCCCUGGAGAUUGUCCACCAGUCAGACUCCUCUCCAACAGCUCGAUCUGUUUGAUUUAAAGAGGCAUCCAGAAUUUGUCACCAGCGGAGGUGGUUUUGGACCUGUUGCUGAUGACGGUUAUGGUGUAUCAUAUAUUAUUCUUGGAGAAGAUCUCAUCAACUUCCACAUAUCCAGCAAACACUCCAGCCCAGAGACCGACUCUCACCGCUUUGGAAGUAACAUUAGAAAGGCUAUGCUUGAUAUCCUGGAUCUUUUCCAGCUUGACAACAAAGCUAACAACAAGUGAUCUUUCUCUUCUUGUUUUCUCAUUUCUCAAAAGGGAAAUCAUUUUAAAAUAUUUUAAACAGAGGGCUGAUCUUCCUUAGGCAUGUACAGAGUAAUUGUUGGUUUUAAUUACAAUUAAUAUUCAAAGAAUGGUCAUUUAGACAGGACAGAGCAUGCUAUCUGGGCAUCUGAUAAAAUUGCAUUGUUGAGAGAAGAUAUUCUUUUUGGGUUGAUAAUUAUAUCACAUAUUGUAUGUCGCAGAGAUUUUUUUGUUUGUGCUGGGAUGGAUUCAUGCACUGUUGCCUUAAUCUCUGGAACGGAUGUGAAUGGGCUAGAAAUGUUCAGAAGAUCCUGGAAAACCUGUGGCCUUUUUGUGCUGCUGUACAUUCAGACUUUCACAUUUUCUGCUUUUGUGUUCAGACAUUGAAGUGGCUCUUUUUUUUCAGAUGAAUAUCUCAGACUCAGGUUUUCAACUAAUAUAUUCACUUUAUUGUGACUUGAAUUGUUUUUGAAGUAAAACUGUGGCAGGUUACAGGGAAGCUAUACAGGGAGUACAAGCCAAAUAUUUCAAACAUAUAGGGCAAUGAUACAUAUUUUAUUUGACUUGUGUUUUUUUUUUAUGUUAUUUAAGCAAGGUCAAAGAAUUGCAGCAAUGUGAACAUCAUCAUAUAUAUGGUUAUUUUUAUUUAUUUAAUGACUCACUAACACUCAAACAACACUCCACAUUAACAUUUAACAUUUAGCUGUAUGUUCAUAUUAGGACAUUCUGAGUGCACUAAGAACAAAGCCAAAAAUAGAAGAAAUUGGGAUAUCAUUCCCAGGUAUAAGGUACAAAAAGAUUUAUUUCUGUAUAUGUUGUUUCUCAGUGACAGAAAAGUGUGCUAUUUAUUUAUCGGUUCCUCAUCAAACAUAUCUGAAAGUGUGCUUAUGGAUUUAAUGAAUAAUAAUUAUUCUUAAUUGUAAACAUGAAUGCAAAGGAAUACAAUUUAAAGGGAAAGUGUCCCUUAACUUGAUGUGUUGUGCAAUGUAUCAAAUAUAUUUGUAUAAUAUUUUCCACAGUAGACCUCAUUUUUGCAGCACAGGUGUGAUAUAGGAACUGUUUGGCAUUGUUACUGUAAUUCAAAACACAUUUCAACAAUAAAAGUUAACUUUU